GGUUUAGGACCAUUUUUGAAAAUUUCCCAACUUGCAAUUCCAAAAUCAGGGGGAGCCACGGCCUUGGGAUUUUAAGCGAAUGCAGAGAUAAAGAGUUAAUUAAUGGCGAACCCUAGGAGAAAUUCGUACUCCAACAGCCUGGAGAACCCAUUUCAGACCCAAACCUCGUGGUCUUCGUUCUCAUCUCUUAUCCACUUCUUGAAGAGACCCCACGCCUUCCCAUUUUUGCUCUCCGCGCUUCUGUUGCUGACAUGGGUCUUCCUCAGAUUGCAGUACUCUACCUCUUCCCAUGGCUUCCCGAGAACCCAUGAGAAAUGGACCCAGGAUGAUGAUAUUAAGGCCAAUCUUGUGAGAUUCAAAGCUGGGUUCCCUUCUUCCAUUGCCAAGGACAAGCGUGGGUGGUUGCUCAAUCCCAUCUCUCUUGCACUUGACUCUGGCGUUAAAGGUGGAGCUGUGUCUUGUGAAUCGUUACAUGUUGGUGAAAUACGACCUGGUGGUGUGAGAGGAAACCACAGACACCACACUUGUAAUGAGACAUUUGUCAUUUGGGGAGCUAGAACAAAAUUUAGGGUGGAAAACCGUCAGAUAGUUGAUAAAGGUUAUGCUGAAGUGAUAAUCGGUGAUGAUGCAGUUGCUGUUGCAGCUAGUACGAGAGGAACAGCACAUGCUUUAGUAAAUGUCGAUCCCUUACAUAGUACAUUCUUUAUUGGUUGCCAAGAUGUUACAAUUAACUAUAAUAGCUCAAAUACUGAUUUUAAUGUUUGGAAAGAUCUUUAGGUGCCAAUUGUUUUGAUCUAUCCCGCAACAUGCCAUUUCCAACUUCUAGUCAACUGAUCAUGUUAAUUUCAGCCGUGGAUUGUAAUACUAGAGAUUCCAGGAUUGGAUAUGUAAUUAUGUAUAUACAAAUGGCAUUUAGAUUAUUGGCGACUAUUCAUUCAUUUAUUAUUCAUUCGUGAGUGGCUUUUAUUGACAUACU